AUGCCGUCAGAGUCCAAACCUUUGUUGACAGCUCAAACAGAAAAGCCAAAUCAUUACUCAUAUUUGAAGGAAUUUCGCGUCGAACAAUGCCCGCUCUUCUUACAACACAAAUGUACACAGCAUCGACCAUUCACCUGUUUUCACUGGCAUUUCAUGAAUCAGAGACGACGACGGCCCGUACGUCGCAGAGAUGGCACGUUUAAUUACAGCGCCGAUAAUUAUUGCACCAAAUACGACGAAACCACGGGAAUUUGUCCUGAUGGAGACGAUUGCCCGUAUCUGCACAGAACGGCCGGUGACACGGAACGAAGAUAUCACCUGAGGUACUACAAAACGUGCAUGUGCGUACACGAUACGGAUUCGAGAGGAUAUUGCGUGAAAAACGGUUUGCACUGCGCCUUCGCGCACGGCAGCCACGAUCACAGGCCGCCUGUUUAUGAUAUUAAAGAAAUCCAAGCGUUAGAAGCGGCCGAAGCGGAAGGUAGCGGAUCCUCCAACGGUCCCAAUGCGUUAGACAAAGAACGGAAUUUAAUGAACGAAGACCCCAAAUGGCAAGAUACGAAUUUCGUGUUAUCAAAUUACAAAACUGAGCCGUGUAAAAGGCCGCCUAGGUUAUGUAGACAAGGAUACGCGUGUCCCCAAUACCACAAUAGCAAAGAUAAAAGGAGAAGUCCUCGGAAGUUCAAAUAUAGUGUGAAUGGUUUCAGAUCGACGCCCUGUCCUAACGUCAAACACGGCGAGGAAUGGGGCGAGCCGGGCAAUUGCGAUUCGGGCGAUUUGUGUUCGUAUUGCCACACUAGGACGGAGCAACAAUUUCAUCCGGAAAUCUAUAAAAGUACAAAAUGCAAUGACGUUCAACAAUCGGGUUAUUGUCCUAGAGGUGUAUUCUGCGCUUUCGCGCACGUAGAACAAGAAUUAGGAGUUUCAAGGGAUACCGGUGAAAGCGGCACAAAUCUAGCGGAAAUAUUGUCGAACGUUCUUCCCCAGAAUGAUAUAAAACUCAAAGAGAAAAGCAGUGAUAGUUCUAACGGUUGCAGCGAGGGCAGCGAAUCGUCAUCGACGUCGUCUGAAUUAGGGAAUUCCAUAAGCAAUCUAAACAGUAGUUUGAUAAACGCAAAUGCUUCUAAUUCGACUGGUACAAGCAAAGCUCCCGGAUCUCAAUUAACUCACAAGCCCGUUCCUUUCCCGGGCAGACCACCACUAGGCAUGGAAUUGACAAACAAAUUGAUAGCAAUAGAUAAAGAUCCAACUUUAGAUUCAAGAGAAAGGGAGCAAAGAAAACAAACGUUAUGUUUUGCUUACAGUAGUUUAGGAGGUUCCUCAUUUUUCGGCAGAGGGAAUGAUACAGUAGAAAGUGUAGUUGGCAAUGCGUUAGACGAUUUAAAUUUAGAAGAUUCAUUAAAUUUGUCCGGCGCUUUGGAUAGAGACUUAGACACCGAUUCUCCCACCGUAUCGAAUUCGAUAUCCGUAGGAUUGGCCUCGUCCGCGGGCCUCCUAGGCAGUUCAGCACCAGUUAACAUUCCAGGCUCGACGCGUUCGGGCCUAGCGGGCUUCAGCCCUCAGGGCAACAGCCCCAUGCAGCCUUUCCUGUCUGCGGCGAGGUUCUCGCAAUCCGACCUCGAUUUUCUGAACCACUCCGGCAUACAGAUGAGCUCCAGCACGUCGAAGAUCAACAACUACACCAACUUCUUCGACUUCCAGAGCCAAAGUAUAUCGCCCAAUUCUAGGAACCACAACUUCAGCAUGUCGCCGAGCAUCGGCAGCAAUUUGGAGCUGGUGAGAUUGAGAGAGGAAAUAUCGAGCUGUAGAUUGCAAUUGGGCACUUGGGAGGAGCGCUUCCAGCAGGCGAGGAACGCCUGCGACGCCUGGCAACGGGAGACCGAGGAGGCGAACAGGAAGGCGCAACAGGCGGAAAAUAAAUUCAGCGAAACGAUGACUCAAUAUAACGCGCUUAAGCAAGAAUUGGAACAAUUGCAAGGCGGGCCUCACAUUAGAAGUAUCACUAAGGUUUCAGAACUAAGUAAACUAUCAUUGAGCGUAUUGAAAAGCCUGCACGCACAACUCCGUCAGGAUUUAGAAGAAAUAGAGAAGGUUUUAUACCGAGAAACGGCUUCUAAAUGUAUGGUAUGCGAAGAACGCAAUAGGACAGUAACGUUAAGUUGCAAUCAUUUCGUGUUGUGCGACACGUGCGCGAGCACCCAAAGCGAGUGCCCCUACUGUCAGACGCCGAUAAAUAUGAAUAACAUCUGA